GCCUUACCACUGUGGCCUUUACAAUUAGCUCAGCUCCCUUCAUCCGCUGGACCGGCCCCCCCACCCAGGAACUCCAUCAGAUAUUGGAACAGGGUGUGGUAUUACACUCAGUAUUCCUCCUGGGAGCUCUGAGUGUUUUUCCUCCUGAGUCCUAUUUACAGCUAGAGAGGGAACCUGUGUGAGACAGGGCAAAUGGACCACUCAGUCCCUGACCUCAGGAGGCCGAGAGAGACUCUCUUGAUUUAAGGGAACUCCCUCCUCCCAAUUGUGAGUGGUGACUCCCUUCCUCCUGCAGCUUAGAGGCCCUGCUCCUGGUUGCUCAGUGCCUGAUACAGAAGCGGACCCUGAAAGUGUCAGAGCCAGAGGAAGGAGAGUUCUGGGACCAGUAGCUUGCUCUGUGGCACUGGCUGGAGGAAUUCCAGCAACCUGAUGUGCAUGCCAUAGCUCGCCACCUUUCCCCACAAGGAGCUGCAAUAACUCAGAGGUUUCUGAAGCCAGGAAAGGGCUUCUGAGGAAGCAGACGCCUGAAGCAGCGGCAACAGGAGCAGCAGCAGCAGCAGCACCCAAGCCCGGUGACAGAGGGAAACUGCAGAUCCCGAGGCAAAAAGGAAAACAGCGACUGAGUGAACCUGCCUUCCCCACCGGCGCUAGUUCCUGCUGCCGCAGAUAAUUUCACUCCCUGUUGGGUGCAGGUCUCUGUUUUGUGAUGUCAAGUUGCCUGUUUUACAGAGAAGGCUCAAAGUCUUUGUGUUGGGACAGUAACACACAGGGGACACACUUUUCAAAACUUGCUCAGGUCUUGAAGGGGCCUGUAAAAGCCACACAACUGAGGCAUGGCCGAAGGGGAGAUCACAACCUUCACAGCCCUGACCGAAAGAUUUAACCUGCCGCUAGCGAAUUACAAGAAGCCCAAGCUUCUCUACUGUAGCAACGGGGGCCACUUUUUGAGGAUCCUUCCUGAUGGCAAAGUGGAUGGGACAAGGGACAGAAAUGAUCAACACAUUCAACUGCAACUAAGCGCGGAAAGCGUGGGUGAGGUGUAUAUAAAGAGCACUGAGUCUGGCCAGUAUUUGGCUAUGGACACCGAUGGACUUUUAUACGGCUCACAGACACCCAGCGAAGAAUGCUUGUUCCUGGAGAGGUUGGAGGAGAAUCAUUACAACACCUACGUAUCGAAGAAGCAUGCGGAAAAAAAUUGGUUUGUUGGCCUCAAGAAGAAUGGAAGCUGCAAAAGAGGUCCCAGGACUCACUAUGGCCAGAAAGCCAUCCUGUUUCUUCCCCUCUCAUCUGAGUAAGGAAAUCUGAACCAGGUGUUGGCCGCUCCAGAACAAUCCCAGGAGUCUCAAACACUUCCUUCCCUCUCUUCUGGAUUCCUAAAUGUCCCUUUGCCUAUUGGGUAGCCUGACCCUGAGAUCAACAGCCACCUCUAUUUGCAAACUACGUGCUUUUAAAUUCCUUGUCCCCUCUUAUGCAAAGCUGUUUGCACUAGUUAAAGCUCGGCACAAAUGGACCAAAAUGCUGCUAGGGCCAACAGGCCAGGCUGUCCCAGGCUGUGUUUUGAUUUUCCGUUGUUAUGUGGAUCUCAGCAGCAGGACAGGCCUCUCAAAUGCAAAGGUGCAUGCGUGGGGCCAAAUGAAGUGUGUUAAGGGACAUGCCAAAUGAGUCAUUAGUAACUGCAUACAAUUCCUCUCUGAGGUAGCAAACCCCGUCUGCUCUUUUCCCCAAACACCUGGCUCAAAGCCCUCUUCCUUUUAACACCCCACAAAUAUUAGCAGAGUAACUUAUUACAAGAUUGGGGCAGGGGAGGGCCACCCACAGAAAGCGGGAUCAGGGAUGCAGAACCAAGUAGAUGUGAACGGCUGCAAAUGGGAAAGGCCGGACAAGACCCUGAAAGGAAGAGAAUCUCAAGGUAGAAGGAACAAAGAAAGAGAAGGAGGAGGAGGAGAAGGAGAAUUAACUGAUAGAAAAUCCUUAUGCUUCUUCAACCUUCCAAGACUUUGAGUAGAAUGUUGCUGGGAACAGUAGACACCAAUGAAGGGUUUUAGGUUGGGUACAAGAUAAAGCUGAUGUGAAAAAGCAAGAAAAACAAGAGUUGAUCGGUUAAGUGUCAGAUUGUACCAAAGGGGAAAUAUAUUGUCUGGUGGCCUUCAAAUAGAAGGAAUUUAGAAAAUAGAAGGAAGGAGAAAUUAACUCUAUAAAUAGUGGAGCCUUUUACCCUUUAUGAGCAGAGGUCAUAGCUGGAGAAGACCUUAGAGGUCAUAGAGAUGUUGGGAGCCCUAAGAGAUUAUGAAGGAGCAGAAGAGAGCUAAGGAGCUACAGAAUAACUCUAAGUUCUGAAAUUCCAAUGAAACUUUGCAAACAGACCCUCUCCCUCUCAACUAGCAUCCUUAAAAUGCCCUGCUCAUGAACCUUGGGGGUACUCCUGCUUUCAGCAGGCCUCCCAAACACUCCAAGGAACUGCUUGCAUCAUGCUUAUGCCUAUAUUAAAAAAGUCAAAACAAGUAACAAAACAGAAUUAUAGCAUAGGACAUAGGGUACCAGCCUCCAGGGAUGGGUCAUUCUUCUUUCACGGAGCAGUCCAAAAGACUGUCCAUCCCUAUUUUGGCCCCUCCCAGGAUGUCAUUGCCAUGGCAACCCACUCCCAGGGUCAUUUCCUCCUCUACUAUGCCUCACCACUCUGCCCCUCCUCUGCUGCCCCCCAUACCUCUACACUAUGCUGUAGAAGUACUCUAGAAUCUCUGAUGGACAGACUGCUCUCUCUCCUUGCGCGAUUGCACUGACCAGGGCAGACUAUUGCUGUCACCCCUGCCUCAUCCACCAGCAACUCAGCAAAUUUGCCCCAGCUUCAAAGAUAUAGCUAGGAAUUCCAGCACCUGGGGAAAGUAAAGUCUGUGUAUGUGUGGGUAGGAGGCAAUGUACACAACCAGUAUUAUUUUUCCUGGUUGUCCCUAGGCCCAAAGCAUUCUGGUUAGAGUUAUAUUGGUUUAACAGUGCAUGACGUAGAGUGACAAGACAACUAGGGUGAGAUUAGUCAAGGCAGUGAAGGAAUAGGGAUGGGCAUUACACCCAUGAGCAAAGGUCUGGUGGAUAUCUGUUGCAAAUAAGAAGAAUGCCUCCCUCCUGAGAUAAUGGCAUCCUAGUCACCCUGUGCUAAUUACAGUUCUGCCAGGCACAAAAAUUCCUAAUUCCUGCUCUUUAAAAAAAUACUGACUUUAAGUGUUCCACUAACGGUGAAAUAGAUGCCUUUUGAGCAGUAUCUUGAGGUCUAUCAAAGGCACAUUUCACAAAUGGUACAACUCUAGCUACUAUCUUACCAAAGGAAAAGUAGUAUUUCAAUUAUUAUUAAUGUUUCUUGCUUGAAGUAAACUCAAACCAUAUGGCUAGCGAGCUUGUAGAAAUAUAGCUCAUCUCUGACUUAUGAUACUGCUGUCUUGUUAAUGGCUUUCCUAUUCCAUAUUAUUUAUUGAGAGCAUAUGUUUUCAUCAUAUACUUAAACCAUCUAGAGACCACCUGCAGUUAAACCUCAUUAAUAUUCACUCAUUAAAGAUGAUGGCCGUUAUCACAUGAUAGUCAAUUCUCUAUAACUCAUAUUACAUUUACUCACAAAAGAAGAUAUCUCUUUUUCUUCUUUGUCUUUGGUGUCCUGUUGUGCUGCUAUGAAUUCUCUAUCAGAGAAGCGUCUUGUCUAAGACAGAGGAGACAGCACCAUAACUCUGAGCAAGGUCUCAUGGACCUUGAAAGUCUGAUUGAAGCUUUCCUCACAGGUUCUUAUGAGAGAGCUGAGCCAAUGUGAAGUGAGAAAACACCUUAGCAACAGAACUGUCACAUUGAGAUUGGAAGGAAAAGUUACAGCUCCCAGAAAAGGUGUUUAAAGUCAUAGUGCUGCUGAAUAAUUCAAAUAAAGUGGCUAAGACUGUAAUUAAUAAUGCUACUCUAUACUCCUUUCCCUUCUGUGAUCUCCUUUCACAUCAAUUAUUUCAUUUGAUCCUAUUAACAAACCCUAUGAAGGAGCUAGGGAUAGUGCAAUUCUGGACAAUAUCUCUCUGCCAUUAUAUCUCAGUCAGAAUAAAAAUUAUCCAAAGAGGAAAUUCAAGGGAUUUCUAAUAGUCUGUAAUGAUUUAUUGUUGAGUUCAAUCCAAGAAACAUUAAAUGCUAUUGCUAACUGAUAGGAGAGAAGUUUGUUAUUUUAGAGGCAGACCCUCAUUGUCACAGAACCAUCAGGAUGCUGACAUUAAUUCAGCAACUGCUUCUUUCUUGACUCUAUUCUGCACCAAGGCUACAGCUAGAAGCUAGAGAAUCAUAGGACUGUAAAAUUAGCGGUUACCAGAGUGGCCAUCUGAUUCACCUCCCUCAUUUUACAGAUGAUGUAUUAAGGCCCAGAGGGGUCAAGGGUCACAUAGGAAGUAGCAAAACUGGAGGUUUGAACACAGGGCCUCUGUUUCUGUGGCACCAUCCUGCCAGUACCUGAGACUCUGCUGCCCAGAAGCAGAGUUUUUCCACAAACUGAUUCAGUUUGCUUUCGUGACUAACCUAAAACCUAUGGGGAAAUGGGGUGACAACAAUUGGGGACCCGGGUGCCAAGUCAUGUGACCUGGCUGGUUUGAGACUGGAAUGACUCAUCCUGCAGUAACACCAGAGUUUGCCAUUAUGAGCUCUCCUAGGGCAUGAUGCUUGUUAUAUAAGAAACAUAUUGCAGAUCCAUUCCUUUCUGUUAUGUAAAAAUCAGUGGCCUGAUUCAUUCAUUUUACUCGGUUGGCUGAGGAAAUGAAAUUGAGUACCAGAUGUCCUGUUCUCUAAAGAUCGAGCAACUUCCAUCAGUGAAAAAACCUCACGUUAUCCCCUAAUAUAAUAUCCCCUUAGAUCUUCAAAGGGUGUGUCAAAGUAUACCAUAGCAUCCAUACCAACUGUGUAAAUGUGUCAGCAGUCCAGAAAGAUAAGCUUUCUAAUUCUGAAAGGAAAAUUUGCCAGAACCUAGUGGCCUUGUGCUUGGCUCCUUCCUUCCCUGCUCCAUUUGGAACUUUCUCUGGUUUGUUUUUAAGGAGAGAUCCCCUCCCACUAUUUUUUAUUUUCCUUACAUGUAUCAUUCUCUCUGGCCUGUCUGUAAUGUGCUCCUAUUUGUAAACCCAACUAAUGAUGUAUUGUUUGAUGCUCCUGGCCUACUUACUUGCAGGAGCCCUUGGGUUUCCAUUGUUUUGUGUGUGUGCGUUGUUAUUUUUUCCCCCAGAAGUGGUAGCAGAUGUGGGCCCUUUGGGACCAACAGUGAGCAUGUGCAAGAAAGGUGACCAGGUUUAGGGGUAUGGGCUGGAGCUAAAGCAGAGGCUUUCAUGUGAAUGAUGGGAAACUAACCAUCCCUAAAAAGGUCUGGAAGACAGGACCUGGGCUACAUUAGCAGCAUAUCUGGUAUUCAGUUAAGGGGCUGCAGGUGAAACCUAGCCAUGGUCUCAUGUGGUUCUCCAUUUUGUAUGGCUCAGCAUCUUACCAAAGAUAAUAAAAGUUCAAUAACAGAAUGACUC